AUGAAAUAUACAUAAUUGCUUGAUGUACGCAGCCGUUAGAGACAAGGGUAAGAUGAGAGAGGGAGUUUUGUGAUGUUCUCUUACCCGAAGUGGGGAAUUCUUGCGCUCAAACAAUUCCCUCGGCCGUGAUGAAAACUUAACCGUGUGGGUUUCCAUCACUAGCUUUAUCCUUGAGAGCUUAAUUUGAUGACUGCCAGGGCCCAUAAACAUAUAUUGCAUCUGCUGUUGAUGAUUUGUUCUUGCUGCAUAGUGAUCAUUCUUUAAGCUGCUACACAGCCGAGACUGGUGGGUUUGGAAAGUUGCUUGAUGGGAUGGCAGAGACAAAUGAAAUUGCAGAUAUUUCAAUUGAAAUGUCAAACUUAGAUAAAAGUUUAGCAUCUUCCAUCACUAAAAAGUUGUUGUAUGAUUCACCAUCCUUACAAGAGAGUAGCAUUUUCAGAGUUCCUCAGAAACUUCGCCGGCGUAAUGAGAAUGUUUAUGAUCCUAACAUAGUCUCCAUUGGCCCUUAUCACCGUGGCACUAAAAGAUUAGUGCCCAUGAAUGAGAUAAAAAUGUGGUAUCUAGGAUCCCUCUUUAAACGGUUUCCGCUGACUCCAGAGAAAACUUUGGAGCACAUUGUUGAAAGCAUUAGAACGUUGCAGAAGCGUGCACGUGAUCAUUAUGCAGAUCCAUUUAGUCUAAAUGACGAAAAAUUCAUAGAAAUGCUGGUAGUUGAUGGUUGCUUUCUAAUCGAGCUUUUUCGAAAAGAGGCAUUCAUUGUAGAACCACACUGUGAUGACCCUAUAUUUAACACGUCCUGGAUGUAUGAAAAUUUGUAUCAUGACUUGAUUUUGUUGGAAAACCAAAUUCCUUGGUUUAUUCUCCAGCGCCUGUUUGAGCUAACCGUAGCGGUCAUCGAACAAGAGCCCCAUUUUCUAGUUAAGCUUGUUCUCAAAUUCUUUGAAAGUAUGAUGUUGAUGACAGUGCCGGCUGAAUACAGAGCAAAUGGCCGUGAAGUUAAGCAUAUACUUGACUUACUGCACAGCUGCUUACUUUCCACGUCCGGUCAGGGAAGACCUAAAAACAUAAAUUUGGAACUCUUUCCUCCGGUGACAGAUCUCUUACAGGCUGGAGUCAUAUUCAAGAAGGGAAAUCCUGAUGAUGUUUUGAACAUCAAGUUCAACAAAGGGGUGUUUGAAAUCCCUCCCAUAAAAGUCCGAGGAAACUCAGAAUCUUUGUUCCGAAAUCUUAUAGCGUAUGAGCAAUGUGACCGCCAUUGCGGGAAUCAGUUCACGUCUUAUGCAGUACUCCUGGAUUGCCUCAUCAAUUCCAGCAAGGAUGCUGACCUGCUUUGUGAUGAAAAGAUUGUUGUGCAUGCUAUGAGUACAGAAGACGUAUCCAAUCUCUUCAACGGGUUGUACAACGACACUCUCAUCUCCGAAUUCUACUAUGGUCAGAUAGCUCGUGAUGUUAACAGGUAUUAUAGAUCACGAUGGCCUAGAUGGAGAGCAACCUUGAUGCGUGACUAUUUCAGUAAUCCAUGGUCCAUCUCUUCCUUCAUAGCCGCAAUUUUUAUACUUGUUCUCACCUUCCUACAGACUUUAUUUUCCAUUUUCUCUUUCUAAUAUGUUACUCAUUUCUAUACGAGUAAUGCUAUAUAUUCAACUUUCAUCCUAAUUUUAUCUUACUGGGUUGACAUGGAAUGAAAGUCGAGUGUUUAAUAUUACUUUUCACGUACACAUCUUAGUUAUUUUGUUGUGAUUUUAUUCAGUUGGGUUGUAAUCCUUAUA